AUGGGGUGCCGGUCCUGCGACAAGCCGAAGAUGAACUACAGGAAGGGGCUGUGGUCGCCUGAGGAGGACCAGAGGCUGAGGGACUACAUCCUGAAGCAUGGCCUUGGCUGCUGGAGUGCCGUCCCUUCAAAGGCUGGUCUUCAGAGAAAUGGCAAGAGCUGCCGGUUGCGUUGGAUCAACUACCUGCGGCCAGGAUUGAAGCGCGGAAUGUUCUCCCAAGAGGAGGAGGAUGUUGUCAUCAACCUCCAAGCCAAGUUGGGAAACAAGUGGUCGCAGAUAGCGAUGCAUUUGCCCGGGAGGACGGACAACGAGGUGAAGAACUACUGGAACUCGUACCUGAAGAAGAGGGUGAUGGGAUCCUCAAACGCCGGCAAGAGCCCGUCGCCCCCUGAGCGGCUCACCUCCAUGAGCGCCAACACCGGCGGCGGCAGCACGGCCACGUCGACCCACGGCGACCACGACGCCAACCUCAGCGGCGGCGGCAGCCACGGCCAACAUGCCAUCUCGCCCGCCGAGCCGUUUGUCGAUCAGCAGCACGAGGCCAAGAACUUCGUAUUCGCCGACUGGAUGCCGACGGCUGCGGUGGCGGCGGCGGCGGGGCCGGAGAGCUACACGAUGUCCGCGCACUGGCCCGCCUCCACGGCCAGCUCCGGCAACGUGACGCCGUCGCACGGCGCGUUCGUCGGGGACCAGAUGAGCGGCAGCAGCUACGGCAACGCGCUGCAGCAUCACCAGCACCAGCACCCGCAGGAUCACCACCACCACCACCAAAGCGCCGCAGCCGUCGCUCACGGCGGUGCCGGCGCCGGCAUGGUCGCCGGAGGCGGGUACUUCGACCUGCUCAACAUGGGCGACAUCUACGGCGGGUUCACCUCGACGAACGACGACUUGCUCUUCUGA